GGUAAGCGAGUCCACAUGAGCGCUGGUUCGUAAGGGAGCGCACACUGACUUUAUCCACUGCACUGAUUUAGAAGAGAUUCGGGAAGACACCUUGGACCAGAUCUUAUUUCUAAAGCUGCUUUUAUAAGAAGGACGUUUACUAUUUUUUGGGUGGAACAGCCUAAGAACAGCACAAGAUCCUGAGCGAGCUUGAUCACUGCAGACUUUGAAUUAACGGCACACCUGAGACAGGUAACAGUCAGCUCCGACAACGCAUCAUAUGUCCACAAAAAUGGAGCAGCCGUUUUACCAUGACGACUCUUUCCUGUUCGGACACACAGAUGUCGGACUUAAUGACUACAAGCUCCAGAAGCAGCACCAGCAGCAGCAGCAGCAGCAGCAGCAGCAGCAGCCCAUGAGCCUGAGCUUGAGCCUGAGCGAGCCCUACAGAAACCUCAAGUCGGACCUGUACCAGGCUUCCCAGGCGGACGUCGGCUCUCUAAAGCUGGCAGCAAGCUCUCUAGAGCUGGAGAGGCUGAUCAUCCAGAACAGCAACGGUGUCCUGACCAGCCCGACUCCUCCUGGUCAGUACAUGUAUGGCCGGACCAUCACGGACGAACAGGAGGGCUUCGCUGAGGGUUUCGUCAAAGCUCUGGACGACCUGCACAAGAUGCACCAGCAACCCCCUCCCAACGUGUCGAUUGGCGCCGGCGGUGUGACGACGUGCUCGGCGUUCGGCUCCGCCCUGCAGCCCGAGGCUCCGGUCUACACCACCCUCAGCGCUUACUGCCCCACACCGAGCUUACCGUCCGCCACGAUCAGCUACCUCCCGCCGCACAGCGCGCACGCCUACCAGAACCAUCUAGCCGCUGUUCCGCACCCAGCCCAGCGCUUCUCCGCUCUCAAGGAGGAGCCACAGACCGUCCCGGACAUGCACAGCAGCGACGGCUCGCCGCCCGUGUCUCCCAUCGACAUGGAGAGGCAGGAGCGCAUCAAGGCCGAGCGCAAGCGCCUGAGGAACCGACUCGCCGCCACCAAGUGCCGCCGGCGCAAGCUGGAGCGCAUCUCCCGCCUGGAGGACCGAGUCAAGGUGCUCAAGUCGGACAAUGCGGGACUCUCGAACACCGCGUCUCUGCUCCGAGACCAAGUGGCGCAACUCAAACAGAAGGUCCUGAGACACGUUAGCAGCGGCUGUCAGCUCGUGCUGACCAGCAAGAUGGAGGCUUUCUGAAGACACAUUCACUAAUAUCACAAACACUGGAACAUUCAUGCUCGUGAAUGGACACGCUGACGUUCUACUGAAUGACCUGAGGGUCAGAACGGUACCUCUGAGUCCGGCCGCCGGGCGCCGUUCAUUCAGGGCGACCACGAAGAAACACACAGACUGUGAGAACUCUAAAGAUCAAGAUGGGUUUGAUUCAGUGCAUGUUGCUUUAACCAUUCUGUCGGUGCCAUAGAAUCAUAUUUCCACGAAUGUUUACAUGAUAUGAUGUCGUUGGUUCAUAAAGGCGCCACAGAAAACGUGCACAUUAAAGCUGCAGUAUGUAACUUUUGGACAUGUCAGAAUUCAUGGUAGUUUUUUAGACUGAUUCUAGUUGGUUCUUUGUGGCACAAAAUGCCUUAAAGCAUCCAUGUAAAGAAUGUAGCAUGAACCAUUGUUUGCUUCAGUGCAUGUUACUUUAAGCUAUUCAGUGCCACAAAAUUAUUUCUCCAAAUGUUUACAUGAUGUGGUGUAGAGGGUUCUUUUUGGUGAGGUUUAUUGUGUAGCCACAAAAAUGCACAUUAAAGCUGCAGUUCGUAACUUUUGCUGGAAUUCAAAAGUACUGGCAUUGUUGAGGUCAGGUUUCGGAAUCAGAAUCACAAUCACAAUCAGAAUACUUUAUUGAUCCCAGAGGGAAAUUGCAGUUCUUACAGUAGCACCCAUUUAUGUAGAAAGAAUAAACACUCUACUAGCUUAUAGAGAAAAAAUUGCAAAUAGAAAGAAAAAUUUGCAAAUAGAUAGACCUGGGUAGACCUGCUUUCCACAGAUAAUCCAGUAAAUCAUGCAAAAUUGGAUUAUCGUUGCAAACUUGGAAUAUAAUUCCACCAGAGAGCUCUCGAGUAUCUAAAAAGUUACACAGUGCAGCUUUAAACAACAAAACAAGGUCAUUCUUAAAACCUAUCCUGGCAUUUUUAUUUUCAAGAAGAGACAAGUGGGCCGAGAGAACAUGCCAGGCCAGUAUCACCUAGUCUAACUCUUUAGUAUUUUGUUAUGAUCAAAGGGAGAUUUGUAUGUUUUAGUAGCUUUUAUGAUGUCAGUACAUCUGAUAAUAUCUGACAUUUCUAAAUGUGCAUAAUGUGUAAAUUAUUUUCGAUUCGGGUUGAUCCUGAUUCGCGUUAACAGAUGUCUUAUGUUUACAAUGUUUUUUUUAUUAUUAUUAUUUGUGUUUAUUUAAUUAAAGACAUUUUAAAUACA